AUGGACGGUACAUCAGGCAGUGCGAUGGAGGUGGCAGCACUCGGUCGGCCUUUCAGCGUCGGGAUGCUGUACGACUGUCGCAGUGAAGCGCUCGUCCCUGGAAUGACUCUGUGGGAUUGUGAUGACCUGAAGAAAGAUGUUGGAGAAAGACCACAGGCCUCUAAUGAUUUUGAAAUUGUUGCAUCUGAAUCAAUUGAGGACAAAUCUUCAGCUCUAAAUGUUGAUGCUUCACUGAAGGCAAGUUUCUUGGGUGGACUGGUUCAGGUUGAUGGAUCUGCCAAAUAUCUGAAUGAUAGUAAAUCUUCCAGAAAUCAGGCCAGAGUAACACUGAAGUACAAGGCAACCACAAAGAUCCAGGAGCUGUCCAUGAAUCAUCUUGGAAGGGACAAUGUGAGACAUUCAUAUGUUUUUGAUCAAGGCUUAGCAACACAUGUAGUCACAGCUAUUCUUUAUGGAGCACAAGCUUUCUUUGUGUUUGACCGUGAAGUUUCUGAACAUGAAGAUCAUCAAGAUGUUCAGGGCAACUUGAAGGUGAUCAUCAACAAAAUUCCCUUACUUUCUAUAGAGGGUGAAGGUUCCCUGAAGAUGGAAGAGAAGGACAAAGAAAGUGUUGAUAAAUUCUCCUGCAAAUUUUAUGGAGACUUCUGUCUUCCAAAACCACCAACAACCUUUAAUGAUGCAAUAAAAGUCUACCAAAGCCUACCAGGAUUACUAGGAGACAAAGCUGUACCAAUGAAGGUCUGGCUGCUGCCACUGACAGCUUUAGAUUCUUCUGCUGCUAAACUCGUCCAUGAGAUCAGUAUAGGAUUAGUUCAAGAAGCACAGACAGUCCUGGAGGACUUCAGUGAGCUGGAAAUGAGGUGCAAUGAUGUACUGGGAACCAGCACUGCAUGGGAAUUCCCACAGAUUGGCAAAAAAAUUAAAAGUUUUAAAGAAAUGUGCUCUGAGUUCAAGCUGGAAUUCCAACAAACUUUCGCGAAGAAGCUUCCAUCAAUCCGAGGAGGAGGAGAAGAGGAAGCUGAACUCGCUGAGAUCCUGAAGAAGAGACAUUCUUCACCUUUCAACAGCAAAAACCUGAACGAGUGGAUGGACUGUAAAGAGAGAGAAAUCUACACUUUAAUGUUUUUUACCAGGAUGAUGAAAAACACCAAAAUCAUCUCGUCUCAAAAUGAUCUGUACAAGGAAAGUCUCAGUGCAGAGCAUGUUGUGUGUUUUGUUUUCACCUCUCUGGGAAAGGAUGAACCGUACCUCUCAGCUUUAUCAAAAUACUUAAAAGGAAAAGCCAACCCAGACCUUCAAGAUCCUCACAUUCAUGAUGUAGAGAAGGAACAAUGGUACGCCUCAAAAGAAGUAACAGCUGAAAUGAGGAGAAAAGCAAAACUCUUCAGUGAUUUUGCAGAGGCCAACAAGGAGAACAAGAACAUGAAGUUCCUGACAGUGGGUUUAACUAAUGAGACACAGGAAGCUUCCAGCAUCUACCUUUAUGAAGGUGGAUUUCCUGUCAGUGAGAACUUUGAGCCUCCUUCAAAGCCUGAAACUGUGACAGCAGCUGACAGAAACCACAACAGUGUGACACUGAAGAUUUCUCCACCCAGAUUUGGAUCAGAGAACAUCACCUCCUACUCUGUUGAGUACUGUGUCAGUGGAGAGGAUGGAUGGCAGCAGAAGACAGAAGCAAAGGCUGAAGAAGUCACAGUGAGAGAUCUGAAGCCAAACACAGAGUAUGUGUUCAGAUGCAGAGCAGUGACCUCAGCAGCACCAGCUGCUCAAGUGAGAUCCACAACACAGAAAUAUGUGUUUGAUUCAGUGCUCUCAAUCUUUGGCAAAGAUGUGGCAGAAAACAUCAGGAUUCUGGUGACAUUUGCAGACGUCGCGUCUUCUGUCAUUGUAGUUGCUGGUCCGUCUGUGUAUCCACCGUGCUCCUUCUCUGUGUUCUCCCUGCUGUCCGUCGUCAUUCUCCGCUGCUCAUCCUCCUUCAUGUUCAUGUCCUGUACGGACCAGCCACUAAUGGAUCCAGCAGCAUUCACCCCUCCCAAGGAGCUCCAGGAGGUCAUAAUGGAUGCAGCCUCCAGGUUAGUCAACCUAUGGCUGGAGCAUGAGGGAGAGGGAUUUCUCAGCUCUGUGGAAACCAAGCUUCCGCGGCUGAUUUCCGGUUAUCCCUGGCUAUUGGACUCACUGCACCCACUCGUACAAAACUUCAUUCUUCACGAACUACAAAUUCACCCCCCCGCCGUUACCGCUCGCCCACUCGCUUCAAUAGAGGACGCGCAGUCCGAACUGCCGGACGAGGAGUUACCCGGCCUGUCGGAACCGUCUCCACGGAGGAAGCGACGUUCACGUCAUCGGCGCGGCACCCCACAGCCAGAUGUCGGGACAUUCACAGUGCACAGGGAAACGGGUCCGGGGAGAAUGCUGAUGGCUCAACGAUCCAGCGACGAGUAG